UUAACUCGGGAAAUCAAGGCCGAAAGAACAUAUAUAGUUGCGAUUACUAUCAAACCAUGAAGAUCAAGGUGGGAGUAGCAGUGUUGGUUGUGACCAUCUUUGCCAUUCUAAUCGAUGGUUACAGCUGCAAAGUGGUGCAGUUUAUAUUCGGCGACUCUCUUUCUGAUGUUGGAAACAAUAAGUACUUGAGCAAGAGCCUCGCCCAGGCAAGCUUGCCCUGGUAUGGUAUCGAUUUUGGUAAUGGAUUGCCUAAUGGAAGGUUCUCUAAUGGUCGUACAGUUGCUGAUAUUAUAGGUGAUAAUAUGGGUCUCCCAAGGCCACCUGCAUUUCUAGAUCCAUCUUUAACUGAAGACAUGAUACUCGAAAGUGGCGUGAACUAUGCCUCUGGAGGUGGUGGAAUCUUGAAUGAAACUGGUGGUUUAUUUAUUCAAAGGUUUUCACUCUCCAAGCAACUCGAGCUUUUUGAAGGGACACAAGCAUUGAUAAGGAGCAAAAUUGGGAAAGAAGCAGCAUAUAAGUUGUUCCAAGAAGCUCAAUACGUGGUUGCUUUAGGCAGCAAUGACUUUAUUAACAACUACUUGAUGCCAGUCUACAGUGAUUCGUGGAAUUACAAUGAUCAAAGCUUCAUCGACUACUUGAUGGAAACACUAAAGGCACAACUUCAGCUAUUGCAUACGUUAGGAGCAAGGCAGCUAAUGGUGUUUGGGUUAGGACCAAUGGGUUGUAUUCCAUUACAGAGGGUCCUAAGUACAUCUGGGGAUUGUGUAGACAGAACAAACAAACUAGCUCUCAGCUUCAACAAAGCUGGAAGCAAAUUAAUGGACGAUCUGAACGCCAAACUUGCCAACUCCAGCUUUAGGUUUGGUGAUGCUUAUGAUGUUGUUAAUAAUGUCAUAAGCAAUCCAAGCAAAUAUGGCUUCAGUAAUGCAGACUCCCCAUGUUGCUCUUUCGGGAAAACAUUCAGACCGGCUCUGACAUGUGUGCCGGCAUCAGUACUGUGUAAAGACAGAAGCAAAUAUGUGUUCUGGGAUGAGUACCACCCGUCGGAUAGCGCUAACCAGAUGAUUGCUAAUGAGCUUAUCAAGAAAUUCGGUUUCACGCGUGUCAAUGAGGGCAAUGCUCCUUCCUCAGCACCAGCCCUUGCUCCAUCCCCAGAUCAGGACUAACAAUGAACGAAUACUUGAAUUUUAAUUAAGCUUGAGUCCUGUGCCUGCCACUUAAUUAAUCAGAUGUACUGCUUACUUGAUGACGCAGUUUCUUGCUAGGAGAUGAUUACACAGUUUUUCCUCUAGCUAGUUAUAUGGUGUGGAAACAGAAAUAUGUAUGUUUCAUAGUUCCUACUGUUCAAGGUUCUUCUUUUCAAUGAAGCCUAUUGUACUUCG